GUAUGUCUGAGGUUGUUUCAAACAUGGAGGAGAGGGAAAGAAGAGGAGAUAAACAACAAAAAUGUCCAGAAUCAGAAAAUAAAGAGAGAGAAUCAACAAGUGCAUGUGCUUCAGAUGCAACCGAACAUACGGCAGCAGAAGAAGAUGAUAUCGUGGCAAAGUUGGACGUCACCUCCGAUAAAUUUGAUCCACUCCUGGCGCUCUAUUCCCCUACAGUGCCUCUUCCAUACCCUAACGUGAAGUGCUUCAACAAUAUAGCCGAGUAUGAGAGCUUUCUGAAGGGGGGCCGGGGCCGCGCCAAGCCGGAGAACGUGGAGAAAAAACUGAGGAAAGCCAGGAAAGGUUUAGCGGAUCCGGAGAGGAUAGAGAAACUGAAGAGGAUGAUGGUGAACAACCCGACAGAGGGAGACGGUGGAGAAGAGGGGACCAGCAGCACUGCCCGGCGUUGUAGAAUGCAGAAGGCUGCCAAGAAUGUCCUGACCAGGAUGCCUCGUAUGUCGUUAAUUAUUUCUAGCUAUUGUAGUCCUGCUUUGAAUCAUUUCGUUUUUGGUGGUGGUGUGGUGUCAGAUCAAAACAUGACCUCUUUCAUUCAUACUUUACUUAUAUGACCAUUGUCUCAUAUUGCCACAUAUAUAUGCUAAUUAAAACUCUUCAUUGAUAUGUUGGGCAUUAUUGAUGUCAAACUUGUGAUUGACAGCCAGGUGAAUUCUAUUUCAUGUCUACUUCCUGUUUAUACAGUCCAUACAGGAAGUCCUCUGGGGGAGCUGCACCGCUGCGUGGAGGAGAGGAUCAGGGUGAAAGUUCACAUCAGAACCUUUAAGGGGCUCCGUGGAGUGUGUUCUGGCUUCAUAGUGGCCUUCGACAAGUUCUGGAACAUGGUGAGAGCUCACCCCCUUCCCUCACCCUUACCCUCCUUCCCUCGCACUUACCCAUGCCCUCCACUGCCUCUCGACAGACUAGACUGUAGUUUGAUGCACAUAACCUUACACAUCGCUGUCCUCUCUCUCACUCUUUCCUCUCACCCUCUAUUCCCUCUCCUCUCUCGCUCCCUGCCAGGCGAUGGUAGAUGUAGAUGAAACCUACAGGGAACCUCUGCUGGGUGAAGCUCUCUACCACGAGAAGGCCCUCACUGUCACACGGGUAGGUCUGGCUGCCACCGAAGGGCUCUGAUCCUCUAGCCUAGUGGUGCAUUCCAGAGAAUAGGGUGUUGUUUUGGAUGCAGACUAUGACAUAUCCAGAUCAUGUGCCACUCACUAAAAAAGGUACAGCCAUUAUCAUUCUCUGCAAUCAAAAACAAACUCAUUAGCUAUCUUUUAACCUGUUUGUCCCCCCUCUCCUUCCGUAGCUCUUUGACAAGCUGAAAGUCCAGGAGAGUGCGGCGCUGAGAGAAUGUGAGAAAGAAGAAGCAGAUAGACAAGAGGAAAGCUGAACCCCUCCAGCCCCCACCUGUGACCCAGACCCUCCAGACUCAAACCAGAGACAACAGACGAGGGGACCCCAGGAGGAGAGGGGACCCUAGGGCAGUGGAUCCCCGACUUGCGAGGGCCACAGUGGGGCCCCCAGUGGCUGAUGACGCCGGAGCCCCAGGGGCCACAGGUAAGACCCAGGGGUCAGAUGUUAAAGGUCAGGAGUCAGGGACUGAGGGGCCCCAGAGAAGAGGGUCCCAGAAGAAAGAAGUGCCCCAGCCCUACGGGAGGGUUCACACACGCCACGUCAACCAGCUCUUCAUACGGGGAGAGAACGUGCUUCUAGUCAACCUACAACCACUCUGA